CGCGCGCAUCCCCCGUUUCGGUCGUGCGCGCCUCCGUUGCUGCGGAAUUCAGGGAGCUGUGGUCGGACUCUGAAGACUCCUACCCCACCUAGAGAAUAAUGAACAACAAAUUUGACGCGUGAGUAAUCAAAGCUAUUUUGAAUAUUUCGCGGACAAUGGGCGCUCCGCUGUGAAUGCAAAUUCGUUGAGCAAUUAGGCCUAUGCCUUGCUCGUGGGUGGCUUGGAGAAAAAGAGGUGUGUCCGAUCUGGUCUGCAUGCCUUGCAGGGACUGGGGGACACACGAGUGCUUGUCAUGUCCCAUCGUAGUUACGCAUUUCACAUAAUAAGAUUCAUAGUGACAACGAAUCAAUCGUUUUAUUAGGGAAUGCUUGCCCCUUCUUGCGAUUGCCCUUUUAGCGUCGAGGCCCCACGGGCCGUGGCUGAAUCCCCGACAUGCAAGUGGUUGAAAGGCAGGGGCAGGUGCGCGCAGAGUCGGCUAAAACUAUCCCCCAUGCCCCUGAUCACAUUUAGUUAUUUUGAGGAGGGACAGAUGGAGAAAGGUUUUUAUUUAGCAAAUGAUAAUACUCUAUUCAGCUUGGAAACGUUGACAGCGACAAGCAACGCUGUGUUAUGUGUAGAUUCUAACCCCGGUGCAACCACUGUUGCAAAGUGGCCACCGGCGAGGCUACAAUGUUGCACUGGCGGGUGCAUGCUUAUAAAUGUCAACACUGCACAUUCGACCACAUUGCUAGUGAGAGAUGUUGACAAGACACUGUUACUAUACACAAAUACCAAGCAAUGAAAAGCCAAUCACUUUCAGCUGACAGAACUGUGAACCAUAGUAUUCACAUUUAUACAGUGAUUAUUACAAUGUAAUAACUUAAUGCAUGUACACUGAACAAAAAUAUAAGUGCAACAUGCAACAAUUUCAAAGAUUUUACUGAGUUAGAGUUCAGAUAAGGAAAUGUAAAUUGAAAUAAAUUCAUUAGGCCCUAAUCUAUGGAUUUAACAUGACUGGGAAUACAGAUGUGCAUCUGUUGGUCACAGAUACUUCUCACAGAUACCUUUAAAAAAAAAGUAGGGGUGUGGAUGAGAACCAGUCAGUAUCUGGUGUAACCACCAUUUGCCUCAUGCAGCGCGACACCUCUCCUUCACAUAGAGUUGAUCGGGCUAUUGAUUGUGGCAUGUGGAAUGUUGUCCCACUCCUCUUCAAUGACUGUGAGAAGUUGCUGAAUAUUGGUGGGAACUGGAACACGCUGUCGUACACGUCGAUCCAGAGAAUCCCAAACAUGCUCAAUGAGUGACAUGUCAGGUGAGUAUGUAGGCCAUAGAAGAACUGGGACAUUUUCAGCUUCCAGGAGUUGUGUACAGAUCUUUGUGACAUGAGGUGAUGGCGGCGGAUGCAUGGCACGACAAUGGGCCUCAGGAUCUCAUCACGGUAUCUCUGUGCAUUCAAAUUGCCAUCGAUAAAAUGCAAUUGUGUUCGUUGUCCGUAGCUUAAGCCUGCCCAUAGCAUAACCCCACCUCCACCAUGGGUCACACGUUGACAUCAGCAAACCGCUCGCCCACACGACACCAUACAUGCUGUCUGCCAUCUGCCUGGUAAAGUUGAAACAGGGAUUCAUCCGUGAAGACACACUUCUCCAGCGUGCCAGUGGCCAUCGAAGGUGAGCAUUUUCCCACAGAAGUCGGUUACGACGCCGAACUGCAAUCAGGUCAAGACCCUGGUGAGGACAAUGAGCACGCAGAUGAGCUUCCCUGAGAUGGUUUCUGACAGUUUAUGUAGAAAUUAUUCAGUUGUGCAAACCCACAGUUUCAUCAGCUGUCCGGGUGGCUCGCAGGUGAAGAAGCCGGAUGUGGAUGUCUUGGGCUGGCGCGGUUACACGUGGUCUGCAGUUGUGAGGCUGGUUGGACGUACUGCCACAUUUUCUAAAAUGACAUUAUCGUAGAGAAAUUAACCUUAAAUUAUCUGGCAACAGCUCUGGUGGACAUUCCUGCAGUCAGCAUGCCCAUUGCACGCUCCCUCAGAACUUGAGACAUCUGUGGCAUUGUAUUGCGUGUAUUGCGUCCCCAGCACAAGGUGCACAUGUGUAAUUAUCAUGCUGUUUAAUCAGCUUCUUGAUAUGCCACACCUGUUAGGUGGAUGGAUUAUCUUGGCAAAGGAGAAAUGCUCAAUAACAGGGAUGUAAACAAAUAUGUGCAUACAUUUUUAGAGAAAUAAGCUUUUUAUGUGUAUGGAAAAUGUCUGGGAUCUUUUAUUUCAGCUCAUGAAACAUGGGACCAUCACUUUACAUGUUGCAUUUAUAUUUUUGUUCAGUGUAGUAACUAAUAUAUUACAAUAACCUAGUUAGAUAAGACUAUUCAAAGUGUAUGCUCAACAAGGACCUUCAUUGUUGUAAGUAAUUACUGUUCAAUAUCAUACUUUGCUUAUGUGUAUGAGUACAGAAUUUGUGUGGAUGAUAGAUUAGUCUUGUCAUGAUGUCCCAUUGUAUUUUUGACAAGGUUCUGUACAGUAUCUUAUGGUCUUGUUCUCCUCACUGACUAGAUAUCCCCUUUCCCUUUCCUCUCGUCUAUAUAUUCUGUCUAUGCUGUUUAUCCUCUAUAUAUACUGUCUGUAUACUGUUUAUCCUCUAUAUAUUUAGUCUGCAUUCAGUUUAUUAUCUCACCAGGUCAAAUUCCUGUUGUAUGUAAAUGCACCUGGCGAAUAAAGGAAAUUCUGAUUUUGAUUCUGUGUGUUCAGUCUGAAAGAUGAUGACAGUGGGGACCACGACCAGGAUCAAGGCUCACAGAAAGACUGUGAGAAGGAAAAAAAUGACAAUGACGAGGACAAUGAUCAGAACAUUGCCAAGAAGGUGUGUGUGUCGCUCAAAUAUAAUGCUACAGUAUGUAUCGUUUGUUAUGCUUUCUAAAUUAGAUCCAUUAUAGAUGUGUUGGCACAGUUUGUUAGAGCCAGGGCCAGACUACUGCAUUUGGGGCCCCGGGGCACCACCCCACAACCCAAAAAAGAAAAUAUAUAUAUGUGACCGACCUGUCUCGAAAAGGUCUUAUGUAGCAAAAUUAGAAAUUGUGUUUUUAACAUUGGAUAAAAGUAGAGAUUCAGAACUCGAAAUUGGUAUAUCGUACACUACAGUUGAGGAACAAUGGGAAAGUAAUUCUGCUUUGAAAAUUGAUUAACUUGUAACCCCACUUUUGAGAAAAUGGCACUUGAAUGUUUUGGUACACCUACAGGAGAGCUCUUCUAUGUCUACACCCAUUCACCAUCGUUCACACCCUCUUAAGCCUUAACCCCACCCAUCUCUUUAAGGAUUCACAUGUGAGGCCAUGUGCUAAACAGAGUGAGUACGGUAGUGGACUAAACAACCAAAGAUUUCAAGACUGAAGGUUGGUUUAUACUACGUCUAUCGACAUGCCUGUAGACAGUUGUCGCAGUGACAUCAUGAAUAUUCUAUUGUCGUCCGACAUCAAACUUGUCGUUGUCGUUAUGAAAAAGUAUAAACACAAAAACGACAGGCUGCAUGACAUCAGCAGCCUGGUGAUCCAAAAUAGCAUAACUUGUGUAUUUUAACACCAAUAAACCCAUCCGUUUAAAAAUGAAUUUAGUAUAUGUCAAUCUAGCAAACCAGACAACUAAAAGCAACUUUGUAAACAAUGUUUUGGUUAGUUUCUAGCUUGUUAGCUAGCUAACGUUAACCAUAUCAUAUAGCUGACAACAUCUUAGCUUGAGCUAAUUAGUAUUAGUUAUUACAGGAAAAUAAACUCACAACAAGAUCAUUAUUUACAAGUUAAUGGCGAGCGAAUUACAGAAAAUAGCUUACAGUUGAGUGUGACAAAAUAAAAGCAGAGCAUUCUACCGGAGAAUUUUAGAACAUGGACACUGUCUCGUUGGCCUAUCGUUAUAUCCUAAUUUGACUUUGGUGCAGGUCAUGUUUUUCUUCACAUUACCGUCUCUGGUUAACACUAUAUCAUUAUAUCAAAUAAAAUCAAAGUUUAUUUGUAACAUGCACAGGAUACAGUAGGUGUAAACGGUACAGUGAAAUGGUUACUUGCAUAGUGGAGUCUUUUGUUUAGACAUGUAGCUAGCUAGCUAGCUAAACAAUUAACCAUAAUCCCAACUCAUAACAUUACUACCCUGCAUGAAUCUGCUGGUAGCUAAAGCUAACCAACUAGCUAGGUUCAAUGUUAGCUAGCUAGCUAACAUUAGGCUGUAACUAGUAAUGCAAAUGGUUCUGAGAUACGAAUAAUAUUACUACAGAGAUCAUACACGUAACGUUAGCUAGCGAGCCAGCCAGCUAACGUUAGCUAGCUAGCUAGCUAGCUAGCUAACAGUACGCUUUAACUUGCAAUGAAAACAACUUUCUGACAAAAUUAGAAACGUAUAAUAUCUGAAAAUGUAGCUAGCUAGACUCUCUUACCUGUAUACAUGGAUGAACCCUUCUCCCUCUCUGUCACGGAUUCCAUGGUUGCCCUUAGUUUGAAGAUGUAAUCCGGAGACAAGUGUUUUAUACAACAGCAUUCUUCUUUGUGUUCUCUUUUCGAUUCCCUCCGCAUUAUUUGCAAUCAAACGGCAGAAUGUUCUCCAUCUCCUUAGCUAUCAUACUCUGCUUCCACCGGGAAUUCCACUGAUUUCAAAACUCUGUCCUCCAGAAAGUGGAGAGCAUUAGCAACACUUAUGCAGUUCUUCAUGAUAUUUUUCAAAAAAGCUGCGUUAGAAAUGAUUACCUACACAUAGUGAGCAGCUCAUGUUAUAGACAGAAGCGUGCUACAUGGCAGACAAAUCCGAACUCAUCUCUCGGCAUCUCCAGCCUAUCCAUUAUCUCAGCCAAUCAUGGCGGGAAGGUUCCUGUCUUUUUCUGUGGCUAAACCAACUAGGCUCGUAAUUUAACAAUUUUAAUCGUAUUUACAGAUGGCAUACACGUUUGUUAUUAAGGCCCAUGAAAGUUCACAUGUUCCAGAAGGCAUUUCUGCCAAAAAACUCAUUUUUAUAAAAAAUAAAUGUUUUAUGUUCGAAUGCCUCUCCUGUGAAGUAGUGACGCUGUGAAACUAGUCACAUAUUUUUUAUUUUUUUGAAAACAGCUAACUUCCUCUAUUUCAACACAUUUUGCCAUGGGGCAGAGAGAAAAAUGUGCAGUUUUAAAAUGCUAUUCUACACAUUUUGUCAUGAGGCUGACAGAAAAUAUUGCAUUUUUAAAGCUAAUUUCCUGCAAUUCUACACAUUUUGCCAUGAAGCUGAGAGAAAAUGUUACAGUUUUAAAGCAAAUUUCCUGCAAUUCAACACAUUUUGCCAUUGCUUAUGACCCUGGAGGUUGGGGGCCCCAGUGCACGUGCCCUUUAGGUAAUCUGGCCCUGGAUGGAGCACAAUGUUUAUAACUGAACUUCAAGCUUUAUGAGUACAAUUCCUGCCUCAUAUAGUGUACUGAAUAGAGGAGUUACCGUGCCUUCAGAAAAUGUUCAUACCCCUUGACUUAUUCCACAUUUUGUUGUGUUACAGCCUGAAUUCCAAAUGGAUUAAAUAUAUUUUUUCUCUCACCCAUCUACACACAAUACCCCAUAAUGACAAAGUGAAAACAUGUUUUUAGAAAUUUUAGCAAAUUUAUUGAAAAUGAAAUACAGAAAUAUCUAAUUUACAUAAGUAUUCACACCCUUGAGUCAAUACUUUGUAGAAACACCUUUGGCAGUGAUUACAAUUGUGAGUCUUUCUGGGUAAGUCUCUAAGAGCAUUCCACACCUGGAUUGUGCAACAUUUGCCCAUUAUUAUUUUCAAAAUUCUUCAAACUCUGUUAAAUUGGUUGUUGAUCAUUGCUAAACAACCAUUUUCCGGUGUUGCCAAAGAUUUUCAAGUAGAUUUAAGUCAAAACUGUAACUUGGAACAUUCGCUGUCUUCUUGGUAAGCAACUCCAGUGUAGAUUUGGCCUUGUGUUUUAGGUUAUUGUCCUGCUGAAAGGUGAAUUCAUCUCCCAGUGUCUGGUGGAAAGCAGACUGAACAAGGUUUUACUCUAGGAUUUUGCCUGUGCUUAGCUCCAUUCCGUUUAUUUAUUAUCCUGAAAAACUCCACAAGCAUACCCAUAACAUGAUGCAGCCCCCACUAUGCUUGAAAAUAUGGAGAGUGGUACUCAGUAAUGUGUUGUAUUGUAUUUGCCCCAAACAUAACACUUUGUAUUCCGGAGAAAAAGUUAACUGCUUUGCCACAUUUUUUGCAAGAUGCCUUUAGUGCCUUGUUGCAAACAGAAUGCAUGUUUUGGAAUAUUUUUAUUCUGUACAUGCUUCCUUCUUUUCACUCUGUCAAUUAGGUUAGGUAUUGUGGAGUGACUACAAUGUUGUUGAUCCGUUCUCAGUUUUCUCAUAUCACAGCCAUUAAACUCUGUAACUGUUUUAAAGUCACCAUUGGCCUCAUGGUGAAAUCCCUGAGUGGUUUCCUUCCUCUCCGGCAACUGAGUUAGGAAGGACGCCAGUAUCUUUGUAGUGACUGGGUGUAUUGAUACACCAUCCAAAGUGUAAUUAAUAACUUCACCAUGCACAAAGGGAUAUUCAAUGUCUGUUUGUUUUUUACCCAUCUACCAAUAGGUGCCCUUCUUUGCAAGGCAUUUAUAAACCUCCCUGGUCUUUGUGGUUGAAUCUAUGUUUGAAAUUCACUGCUCGACUGAGGGACCUUACAGAUAAUUGUAUGUGUGGGGUACAGAGAUUAGGUAGUCAUAAAAAUAUUAUGUUUAACACUAUUAUUGCACAGAGUUAAUCCAUGCAACUUAUUAUGUGACUUGUUAAGCACAUUUUUACUCCUGAACUGAUUUAGGCAUGCCAUAACAAAGGGGUUUAAUACUUAUUGACUCAAGACAUAUCAGCUUUUCAUUUUUUAUUAAUUAGCAAAAAUUUCGAAAAAAUAUAAUUCCACUUUGACAUAAUGGGAUAUUGUGUGUAGGCCAGUGAUAAAAAAUAUACAUUUAAUACAUUUUUUAUUCAGGCUGUAACACAACAAAAUAUGGAAAAAGUCAAGGGGUGUGAAUACUUUCUGAAGGCACUGUAAGUGUGAAUCACUUUAGGAUAAAAGUGCCUGCUAAAUGACCAUAUCAUAUCAUGUCUGUCUCUGCUCUGUUGGUCAGAUUGCAGUUCCAGGGGUAGGAGAGCACCCCCUCCAGUAUAACUACUCCUUCUGGUACUCCAGACGCACCCCCGGCCGGCCUGCCAGCACCCAGAGCUACGAAUCCAACAUCAAACAGAUCGGCAGCUUCGCCUCGGUCAGUCCCUAUUGGGAACCAUUGUUCUUUGCCUUUCACCUUUGCAGGUUCUAGACUCAUAAAUAGGUUCUAGACUCUGCUGAUCUAGUUUAGUAUGGUUCUAGACUAAAUCUGUCCUCUGGUCCACCAGGUGGAGCAGUUCUGGCGUUUCUACAGUCACAUGAUCCGUCCGGGCGACCUGACGGGCCACAGCGACUUCCACCUUUUCAAGGAAGGUAUCAAACCCAUGUGGGAGGUGGGUAGCAAAGAUGGUGGAUAAAUGAAGAUAGUUCACUCAGGCCGUUUACCAUUGAAAAAAAUGGUCAGUUCCUGUCUACUUAAGGGGGUAGCUCUCCCAUAGACACAAAUGCAAUAGCAGCUAGGUCUUGUCUACUUAGUUCAUUGACUUUCAUUGAAACAGAAAAAAAUGGGGGAGUGGGAUGUCUCGCUUCCUGUAUUCUUUGGAUCUAUCCUUACCUUAAUGAGCUCACUCAACUAACCCUAGAUCACUGUCUUGACCUGUUCAUAGUGUUAUACCAUUACCAGGGUUGUAUUCAUCAGGCAGCAAACAUUGCAAAAUGUUUUGUUUCGGUGUGCCCUAAUGACUAUGACCCAUUUGUUUCCUGCUUAAUGCCCAUGUCUUUUUUUCUCUCUGUGUCUCUCUAGGACGAUGCUAAUAAGCUAGGAGGGAAGUGGAUCAUCCGGCUGAGGAAGGGCCUGGCGUCUCGUUGCUGGGAGAACCUGAUUCUGGCCAUGCUGGGGGAACAGUUCAUGGUGGGGGAGGAGAUCUGUGGCGCUGUGGUGUCUGUACGCUUCCAGGUACACACAUACAUAGAGACAGACGCGCAAGCGCAAACACACACACAGGCACGCAUGCGCACACACACACACACACACGGCUAAACACUCACUCACUCACUCACUCACUCACUCACUCACUCACUCACUCACUCACUCACUCACUCACUCACUCACUCACUCACUCACUCACUCACUCACUCACUGUUCCAGUGUCUAUUGUUGCCAACACCAGGCUUCCCUCAUGUCUUUCCUCCAGGAGGACAUCAUCUCCAUCUGGAACAAGACAGCCAGUGACCAGGCCACCAUUACCCGGAUCAGAGACACUCUACGUAGGGUCCUCAACCUACCCCCCAACACCAUCAUGGAGUACAAGACACACACCGACAGCAUCAAGUAAAUACACACACACAAACACUGAGCUAAUUCCUGAGCUACUAGGCUUUAGCUCAGUAGGCUAACACAGUCUGUGAUACCUGGGGGGUUCUGUCUGUUCUCAGGGCCUGGGAGGACUUCCAUGGUCUGGUGAACGCUGUUGGUGGUCGCUAGUCUCUAAAGCUUUGAGUUUCUGCCAAGGGUAGGAGCUGCUAUGUCUUAAUUCAUAUUCCUACAUGCACACACUGGCCUUAUGUUCUCACUUCUGUUGUGUCUCUGUGCAUGGAAAUCAUGGCACUAGUAAUCAUCAGUACUAUUAUCAGUACUACUGUAUUACUACGCUAGUAGCCAAUUAUAGGAACUGAGUGUUUCAAUAGCCUAACUGUUUAUGUUUGUCUCUCUCAUAUCUCUAGAUUUGUGUGUGGUGUCCGGAGGAAUAAUACCUUUUUAAGGAUCAGUACUGUUUUACAUGGCGACAGCGAGAGAGAUAGAGGGAGCGAAAGAGAGCGAGAUAAAGAGAUGGAGGACAGUGGCACAAAGAGCAUUCCUUCCUUUCUAUGGCUCAUGGAACCCAUUCGAACUUAACUGAAAAAGAAAAUCCACUGUACGGAACACGGAACCAAGCUGUCGGUUGGUUGGGGCUUUUUAUCUGCCUGUUAGUCAGAGAUGAAUGAAACCUCAGUGGAUGUAUUUUUUCUCCAAGCUACACUGUCCCUGAUCUGCCAACAGAGGGAGACUGUGCGACAAGCAUUUGGUGAUUUGGCCAAUGACUGUUGACAGAAGAAUCUUCUAACAGAAUAUUAAAUGUUAAAACCAAACCCUUGCUAUAAAUAGGUAUAUACAGUAUAUUCAUCAUUGUGUAGCACAAUCACAGUUCCCUCUGGUCGAGUUUUAAAUGUACAGCAGAGAAAAUGUAUCCGUUUUUUUUUUAACUCUGAAACUAAACAGGGUUGCAGGUGGAAGUUAUUUUAUUAUAGUGCAGUAUUUUAACUACAAUGCCUCUAGUCAUUUAAACUAGAACUAUUAUUGCGUACAAAAAUAUAUUUCUAGAAAAAAACUAUGUCCUUUUGAGAAAUCUAUUUACUUAACGAGAAUCAAGAACUUCUUUACCUUUGACCAGGAUGUUUUCAACCCAAAGGAUGGGGACCAUCCUAAAGGGGGACUGCGGGUAACGUGAAACGGCCUCUUUAGAAUGGACUACCUAGCUGCCUAUAUCACUGUGCCUGGCCUCGAGCCUGACCCAACCCAGAUUAAACAUUCAAAAUGCCUUUCAAGUUCCCACAGUGAAGAUGGACAAAACAUUACAACUUGAACAACACUGUAAUAAUGUUGUAACAAUGUUGUAACAAUGUUAUCUGUGACAUAACAUCAUCUCUCCAGUGUUGGUGGUAGCCUGGGUGCCAGUCUGUUUCUGCUCUCUUGCCAACUCCUUAUGGAAUUGACAUGC